CCGCACUCUGAUUGUUUAUGGAAGCGUGCGAGGGAAGAAAGCAAAAAAAAGCUGACCCAAGCAAGUUUGUUGAUUUUGUUGGCGUUGAAAACUCCCCCGGAAACCGGGAAAUCCGUGAAAUUCCGCAAUAAAACUAGAAAUCCAACUUCUCCACAAUGCCGCGGCUGAUAACCGAGGAGGAGAUUACGCUGGGCUACUCCUCCGAAACGGACGACUAUGAAUCGGAAUCCGGCAGCGAUCAGCUUCUGACGGCGGAACCUUGCGAGAUCUACGUGGGCAACACGGGCAAGGUCCCCAUCGAUAAGUAUUACAGCAUGUUCAAACAGUACGGGGCGAUAAAGGACAUCACCUUCUGGAGGACGCACAAUCACCUCUACCAUUGCCGGGUAGUUUACCGGCACAAGGAGGAAGCGCAGAAAGCGGUCAAAAAUAUGCACCACCGGAAGGUGUUCAGUAAGCUGAUUCGCGUUUCCCACGUGCUGGAACCCGUCAAGCUGAACUAUGCUGCGGCCAUUCGAAUCGACGAUAUCGCAGCGGGUGUUACCGAGGAGGAAAUCCGGGAACAUUUCGAGCAAGCCGGGGAGAUUCGUUUCGUGGUCAAGAUUGGCUAUGCGGCAUACGUGCAGUUCGCUGGUCCAAAGAUCGCAUCCCGAGCGCUCCGUUUGGACAUGAUCCUGAAUGGGGACCCGUAUAUGUUGUGUCGGAUUUCGGCGGACGAUCGGAUUGACCACGCCCGGGUCAUUUAUAACAUGAAGGACAUCAAGUACCGGAAGCCGUUCGUCAUGGUGGAGAACUAUCCGGAGUUGCCGUUCAAUGAACUGAGCCGGUACAAGGAAAACUUCGAAUCGAUUGGACCGGUUAGGCAUUUCAAGAUUGCCCCCACCGGGAAUAAAACGGUCACGCUGGCACUCUGUAUGGACCGGGCAGAUGAUAGGGAUUUGGUGAUUGAUCGUUUUAAUGAUGCGGUCAUCAGCGGCAGGAAGCUGAAGCUGUACAUGGCCCCGGGAAAGGCGCGAAUGACGCCACACCAUGUGGUUCGGUAUGCCAUUUGCAAGAAUUCGGUUAAAGUGGAUCACGUUCCUCCAUAUUUCAAGGAUUACGAGGUGUGCAAGCUGUUCGGAAGAUGCGGUGCUACGAUUAGCUUUUUGGAGAAGAUUGCAAACCGAUGGAUCAUCUGUUUCGAUAGUCCUACCAUGAUUCCGCUGGUACGGGAACAUAUGUUCAUGGCGUACCAGUAUAUGUUGGAAAUAGGCCCCUUGACGCAGGAAACGCUGCCCAUCAACGACAAACUGAAGCUACGCGAUCCUGAUGGUCAUAAACCUCCGACAGAGGAUCGAAGAAAAAGCAGAGAUUUGGAAGAAGCUAAGGAAAAACCAAGCGUUUCAUUGUAUGGGCACAAAACCAACGAUAUCGAGAAUAUACUCAAACAAGCUCUACAAAAUUUGAACAAGGAAACCAGUCGUCAGCUCCCAACGCAAUCGGUUCCACCGUCGAGGCCCUCCCCGGCGUUGAAGCCGGCUCUUCAACAUGUGGAGAAACCAACGUACAAAGAUACCGGAUAUCAGCUGCCAUCAUCAAAACAGUCUUCACCAAUGAAGCAGGCUUUCACAAAUGUGGAGAAACCUUGGGUGCCGGAGCCGAAACCGGUUUCCAAACCAGUCGAGAAACCUACGAAUUUUGGCACUAGCUAUCACUUGCUGCCAUCAGAAACGGCAUCUCAACACGAGGGCUCUUCAACCAGCAGGGUUACCAGCCAUAAAUUGUCCUAUCCCGAGGCUGCUAAGCGGUCGACGCCCACUGUAGCAAGUUCCCCGCAACCUCGAGCCGAGCAAAAGAUUGGAACGUUUUCCAAAGCCAGCAGUAGUGUUGCGAAGGUUACACCGAUGCAGAAAACUUCUGAGGAACCAGCUGAUGGCAACAGUAGAAGAACUAAAGCCAAAUCUUCGACGUCCUGGCUGGCGGUUAGGAAUAAAGAAUUGAUGCAGAGAAGCGUUACGAUGUCCAAUCUACCGAAAGGCAUAAGCGAAUACGACAUUCGAGAGCUGUUCAGCGAGCACGAGCUGAAAAUCGUUACGAUGUAUUGCUGCAAUGAUCCCUACUAUCCGACAUCAACGGCGGUCUUGAAUUUCGCCACGAAGCUCGCAAUGAAAAGUGUCCUAGGUCACCACCACGAUGAGUACAGAGGGAAACGGGUGUACAUCAAAAUGACCUUGCAGCCCUGGGCCGAUAGAGAUUUUCCGCCGAAAAACACUCUUAUGCUGAAGAAUCUAAAUGAAGCCAUCAACGAGGAGGGCAUUCUCCAGGAAGUGGAGAAAAUUCUUGGCCCGGGCACGGUAGAAGACGUCCUCAAGCCCACGCACCACUACGCGUAUUUCGAUCUCACUGGGGACCAGGUGGCGCACAAAGUUAUGCACCGGCUUCGAAAAGCACUGAUUAACUUCAAGAUCGACGUGUUUCCUUUGUACUACGGCAUUCCGAAGCGGUGUUUGGGUGUAGCUUCCCACAUGCGGAAAUCGCUAGGCGACUUGCGCGAACGACACGGACUUCGGGUGAGCAAUCCCAAGGAUCGGGAGAUGUUUGGAGACCAGUUCGGUGAACAUAACGCUCACAGAUUGUUCGUCGGAAAUAUUCCGCGUAUAACCCUGGCCGAGGAUGUUAUCGCCUACUUCAACAACUAUGGCACCGUGAUCGAUUACUCGCAGAUCGAAAAGAAGAGCUGUAACCUGCGUAAAUCGGCCAUCGUUAGCUUUGUGGAUAAAAAACACGCGCGGAAUGCGUACUGCCAGCAGCCUCACUUUUUGGAGGGCAGUCGGCUGAGUGUGCACCUGAUGGAGAGCCCACCGAUGGUUGUCACACCAGAGGAUUGCAAACUACUCUCCGUGAAGGUUCGCAGCCGAUUUUUGACAGACGAUGAAAUCUACGCUGAGCUGCAAAAAUCGUUGAGCGUUUCCUACGCUAUGCGGUUCGAUGCGUUUGAUGACCGGGCGAACUUCCUGAUGUUCUACAGAGCACGAAAGUGUGAAGACUCUCACUUAUGGACGGUGCAUCACAUUAAUGACGAACCGGUUAAGAUUAUCUCCGGACGGGAGGUAGAUCCAGUGACGGAGGACAUCGAUCUGGAUAAGUCCAAUACUUCCCCAUUCCGACGGCAGAAGGAUUCGUUUCUGGGCUAUGCGGUCUACACCGAACAGCUUAAAGAGGAGAUGAAAAUGCAUACCAAGCCGAUCGAGGAGCAACAUGUUCCCUACAAGGCGUUCUACAAUGAUCAAUCGGUGCAAAUCAACAAUGUUUCCGUGAACACGUCGCUGGUAGACUUUCAGGAUCUUUUCAUUAAAUUUGGCGACAUUGACUACUACCGAGAGCUGUACCUGGAAGAGGACAUCAGUAAGAUUUGCUUCAUCAAGUUCAAAAUCGAUCUGUCCGCCGAUUUGGCGUGCACCUACAACCAGCGGAUGCUCAACGGUAAACGGAUCUUGAUUCACCGGGCCAAGGAAACGCUGGUGGCAGAAGAUGACCAUUCGGUGACGGUGGAGAAUCUCAACCCCGCGACAACGGUCGAGCAAAUCUACGACGUCUUCUCCAAUGUCGGAACGGUAAAGUACGUGCAAAAGCAGUCGCCGAACAGUGCAAUCGUGUGCAUGAAGGACAAGGACUGCCUUAGCGAAGCGUACAACGUGACUUCCAUUCCGCAUUCGAAACACAUGGUCGUCAACUUGAGCAAUGACUACCAGAGUGGUUUCUACAAAAACUUUUCCUCUAAAGAGCGAGCCUUCUCGAUCGAUCAGAUUCAAUCUAUUCUGAAACCUCGUAUUUUGCCGGAAUUCCAUCAGCUGGAAAUAGAACGCCGCAACGAAGACGUCCAAGAUGAAGACAGUUCUGCAGAGAACGAACCGCAAGGCAACCCCGAAGAGAUACCAGUAGAAGAUGAGGAAGACCUUCCUCCGGCGUCCAAGCGAACGCGAAUCGAUGACCAUUCACAAGUUGAAAAUCCAGCGAAGGAAUGCCCACAGACGUCGGAGUUCAACCCUGGCGAAUCGGAAUCGGAACCGCUGCAGAAAAUAGAAUCCAUCGUUACCACCGUGAGUCCCAUCGAAGUGGUACACGCUGUGCAUCCUAUGCCCAGGCCUCGGUUUGGCUUUCCUGGCAGUGACGAGCCUCGCAUGGGAUAUGGCCCUAGAUAUCCCAAUAUGUAUCCUCAACAGCAACCGGGAUGGCAGAGGCAACAGCAGAUCGCUGCCAUGGCCUACAAUGCUGGACCUUCUCAUCCAGGGCCUCGUGGGCCGCCUAGACCGAUGGGUUUCCAUAGGCCUCCUUAUUAUAACUAAGGCUGGGUGGGCAAGUAAAACUAAGUGUAGAUUAGAGUUAAAAGAGUAUUUCUGUAUUAAAAUUUGCUGAUCAUUGUGGGCACAAUGCUAGAUUA